AUGGCCGGGGGAGGGCCUGUGAAGCGUGCUGCGUCGCCAAAGCCGAUCUCACCACCACCCAAUCGGCGGAAAGUCGAUUCUACAGUGAAAAAGACUGUUGCAACUUCAUUCUUCACGCCGGCAUCGAAAAAGAAGCCUGAGCCAAUCACGUGGAGAAUUGUCAACAACACUUUGAUAGUCGGCAAAUUCUCCCCGGAGUUAAGUCAAGAACGAAAAGCCUCUGACAAGCCACGGAUAGCUGCAUUUGAUUUUGACUCUACAUUAGUUUCCACGGCAUCGGGGAACAGGUUCCCCAGAAAUGCGGCCGACUGGAAGUGGUGGAACCAAGGUGCUCGUUCGAAGCUGCAGAAGCUGAACGCAGAUGGGUACCAUGUGACUAUCAUCUCAAACCAGAAAGCAAUUAGUCUGAAGAAGGAUAAGAAAGGUGACGAUUCGAAGAGUCUGACAAACUUCAAAGAGAGAGUCUCGGCUGUCAUGAAGGAGCUUGACAUCCCGCUCAGUGUGUACGCUGCGACGGAGGAUGAUGAAUAUAGGAAACCGAGAAUUGGAAUGUGGCGAGAGUUUUUCGACGACUAUGAUCUCGAUGUAACCGGGAUUGAUGCGGACGCAUCAAUAUUUGUUGGUGAUGCCGCUGGACGACCAACAGACCAUUCUUCGGUCGACCGUGGAUUUGCAGCAAAUGCCAGUAUACCUUUCAAGACACCUGAAGAGUUCUUUCUCAAUGCUCCCCCUGAACCAGUUGUUGAGUCUUUUGAUCCAUCGGUAUAUCUAGAGUCUGAUUCCACCGACGAUGCGUUGCCACCAUUCUCGCGAAAAAGCCCGUUGGAGCUAGUGAUAUUUUGUGGUAGCCCGAGUGCUGGGAAAUCAACCUUCUAUUGGGACUACCUCAAACCACUAGAUUAUGAGAGAGUGAACCAAGAUAUCCUGAAAACCAGACCGAAAUGCAUCAAGGUCGCCAAAGAGCACCUCGCGGCUGGAAAGUCUGUUGUUGUAGAUAACACAAACGCCGAUGUAGACACGAGAUCCCAAUGGGUCAACGUUGCGAAGGAGGCCAAUGUCCCAAUCCGGUGUAUUUACUUCUCUGCGCCUCCGGAGGUUUGCAAGCACAACAACGCGGUUCGCGCCGCAAACAUAAGCCUGAACCCCGAGUCCCGCACCUCCCUCCCGGGAAUCGCAUUCGGCGACUUUUCCCGCCGCUUCGCUGAGCCCACCCUCUCUGAAGGUUUUCAAGAUAUCAUCCGCGUCGACUUCCGAUUCCGCGGCGACGAGGAGGCCAGAAAUAUCUGGAACCAGUACUGGAUUUGA